GUGAAUUUUCUUAUCACGGUCAUAUUUUUCUUGAUUGUGUUCGUACGAAGUGAUCUGUGACGCGUGGAAAAUGGACGAAUUUACUUGAACAUCCUCGGCUUGUUUUGCGUAAGAUCGGUGUUUGGCUCGAAGGUGUAUAGGCUGAAACAUAAUCGAAGAGACGAGAAAGGAAAUGGAAUGAAAGAGUGACUGGAGAUUUAACGUUGUGUCACAUUACUUUUGAGAAGAUGAGAGCAUUGGACACAAUUAUGAAUUCAACUUGCGCUUACUGUACACUUGAACCACCCCCCGACAUCCUUCACAUACCCCCGCCACCAUUCCCAGCCAUUCUUCAACAAGGUUCUGAUUUUUAUCCGAGUUCUGAUAUCCUGCCAUUCCCACCGCACUUAAAUGACAGUCCUUGCAAGCAUUUCUGCGACCGACGCUCCGAAGGAGUUCAAUAUAUAGAAAUGCCUCAACAAGGGACUGUUUUUGACGAUACGUGGCUUCUGAUUCUAAUAUCAUCAUGUGUCGGUGUCAUUUUUAUUGGCAUAGUGCUUGCGACGUUGCUCUUAAAAUGCAAAUUCAACAGGAACGGCAAAGGCGGGGUGAUUUCCAUGCCGAAUACAACCUCCAGUAUGCAGACGAAAAAUGGUAGGCUCCAAAACGAGGCAGUGCUCUACCCUUGCGCGGCGGACACCAUGCAAGAUAGUCGGGUUAUGUGGGCUACCCUUACCCCACGCGGGACCACAAGACACUAUUUGGAGGAGCAUACGUACGAAACCAUCGGGGGUGGGCAGUUCCAUAAACGCGCCUGUACGACUACACCAACCGAACAUGUAAAACUCAAGACGUAUGCCGAUCCACCAGCUAUUAGUCCAGUGCAAAAUCGUCCAAAGGAUGACAAAGCUUUUGAUAACACUGCUUUCGUAGAUUAUGAAGAGCCAUUGUCUAUCAAGACUGAAUAUUAUCAGCUCAACGACGUUCUGGAACCGAAUGAAUCCGGGAUACUUACGAUUCAGAGAGGAACUCUCCGUCCGCGCGUGAGUUCCCCGACGAGAAUCGAGCAUCCGAACUUACCCCCGUUAAACCUUCAUCCGCACAAGCGCGCAUCUCGCAAAGGUUCCGGCGCGCAACACACCUCGGACACGCUGUUGAGGAGCAGCAUCACGUCGUCCACUUACAUACCGACCAUAUAAGCGUCCUCUUAUCAUCAUUUUUUUCCAGGGUUUUGCCGAUAAAAGCCCAAGUUACGCCGUGCACCUUCUACAUCCUCGUUAAUAUCAUCGUAUCUAGUCAUUGUAAGCACGCUGACCGCCAAGUAAAAUAACGAUAUAAUCGUGGAACGUAAUUCUUUUUUAUCGAUUGAUAUAACUUGUGAUUGUGAUUGUGUAGAAACGGUAGGUUGUAGACUUAAUAUAGAACAAAUAAUAUAUAUGUUACAUUUGCAUCUUACGAAAUAAAACUAUGCAUAUA